AUGAACUUAAGAAAAACACAAUUUGAUGGUUUUAAAAUGAAAGAUUGUCAUUUUCAAACAUUAAAAAUAAUAAUGGAAUGGGCUAAUUAUAACAAUGGUAAAAGUUAUCUUAUUAAUCCAGAAAAAUAUGAAUUUAGUGAAUGUGAUAUGCCACCACUUCCUGAUGCAAAAUAUCUUGGAAUGGGAAGUUUUAGUAGUGUUAGACAAGCUGGUAAUAUAAAAAAUGAUAGUGUUGGUCUUAUUUAUGUUGUUGAUUCUAUUAAAAACUGCAUUUCAUGUGUCACAAUUAUUAAUUAA